GACUAGAAGUCUAAUUGUUUAAGAUGGAUGCUGCACAAAACAAGUGCAUUCUACUUAUGGUUUUCGUCCUCCUCUGCUCCUUCUCCAUCCAAUCUACAGCACGAACAUUGAGAGAAAGAAGCAACCGAACUAGCGGGGAUGCAAACACAGAUCACCAUAUGGAAGCGCAUGCUGACCUAUUUAAGCCAAAAGAAGAGGAGUUUAACACUGGCGGUGAAGUGUUCUCAAUGGAUUACACUCCAGCCUCAAGGAAACCACCGAUUCACAAUUAAAUAGUUGGGAAAUAUAUUUUUAAUAUUACAUGAGAUAAUUUUAUUUCAUCCUCACACAAAAAUUGGGUGGAUCACUUUUUUUUUUUGUGUGCCUUUUCUCCUUAGCGGGUCUCACCUAUUUUUGUACGUGU